AUGCCAUUCAAGCCAAUUGAACAUCCAAAAUGUCCAAAAUGUGGAAAAAGUGUAUAUGCUGCUGAGGAAAUGGUAGCAGGAGGAUAUAAAUGGCACAAAUUUUGUUUCAAAUGUGCUUUAUGUAAUAAAUUACUUGACUCUACAAAUUGUUGUGAGCAUGCUGCUGAAUUAUAUUGUAAACAAUGUCAUUCCCGAAAGUACGGUCCAAAAGGAGUAGGUUUUGGUAUUGGAGCAGGUGCUCUUACUAUGGAUAUGGGAGAGAGAUUUGGUAAUACUGAAGUUGAAAUGACGUAG